AGCACUGCCGCCGCCAUGAAGAAGUGCCUCUUCCUCGUCCUGGUGUCGUCUGCCCUCUGGGCCGAGCUGCUGGCUGCCCCAGCCAAAGAUUCGGGUGAAUCCUCACCUCGCUCCCGUGCCGAGGCCACAGGUGGAAAAUCCGCACCUGCAGAGAAACCCCAAGUGAGACCUGGGAAGAACCCCAGCCGAGAGGUGGGAAUUGUCCCGGACCUGGCCCCUGUGUUCAGCCCAAAUUUGCCAGAAAUGGAAAUAGUAGAUUCUCCUGACAAGAAUGACAAUGACGAUGAGGAUGAAGAUGAAGAUAACAGCAACGAUAAUGAUCAUGACGAAGAUGUCGAUGAAGAAGACGAAGAUGUCGAUGAAGAAAACGAAGAUGUCGAUGAAGAAGAUGUUGAUGAAGAAGAUGAAGAUGGCAGUGACGAAGACGAAGACGGUGGUGACGAAGACGGCGAUGAUGAAGAUGAGGACGACAACGAUGAGGAUGGUGGUGGGGAAGGCCGUUCUAACUAGGGAGGCCCCCAGUGGGCACUCGCUGAAGGGUGG